AGCGGUGCGCAAUUUCACCCCUUGCUGCUACAAUACAUAAUAUAACAGUCGGGUUGCAGGUUGUCUUCAAACAACAUAUCAGGACAGAGGAGAUCAUCAACAACAACGUUGUUAGGCGGCCGCAAUGCACACAGACAAGGUCGCUAGUGUCAACCCCACGUUCGGUGGUGCUUGUCGUUAUUAUUCUUGAGUUGUUGAGAGCAGCUGUUCUGGUCAAUCAUUAUUUAGCGUGCCGAGAAAAGUGAUCACCAGCAGCAACUGGUUAUGCAGCUUGCUAUUGGUCGGCGCUGUAUCAAACGUGUGUGUGUGUGUGCCUAAUAAUUAAAAAAGUAAAAUGGCCUUUUCAUGCACCAAUUUACCUUCAACUAAUCAACGAAUCAUCACUCGACAAGCAUGAUCCGCAGUUCGUCAAUCGCAAAUUCUGCAGAAUGCAUGUGCUUCCAUAUGUGUGUGUGUGCGUGUGUGUCAACCAUAUUAAUCUUGAUAUUGUCUGCGUCUUAUCUCUUUUCCUUUAGCUUUAUCUCGUUCUCUGAAAGAAUCUACUACUAAUUGUCAAAAAGUUACUUUUCUGGAUUUAGCGACUGUCGGGUCAGGCCUGCUGACCUUACUGCCUCCUGUCGACGCUAGUAGGACGAUUCAACAAAACUCAACAAAUGUACCAGCACAAAACAAGCCUGGUGAAUGUUUGCUUGCCCGUUCGCGCGCUUUUACGUCAGAGUAGCUCAUAUGCACCCGCACAGUAUUUCAGGUAGAGGGAGGUCGCCAUAAGGAAAAGCACACUGAUGGAGGCAGUCGACGAUUGCGGUCGCUGCUGUUAGUGUCGUCCCUGCCUCAGUCGUGGUUUGCUAGCAGUAUAUCACUGCGCCUGUGUGUGAUUUUGUGUCUAAGUUCCCCAGCGGGGCUGUGUCUGACCCGCUAUAGCGCCCGGCGCCUCGAAGCGAGCGAAGGAGUAAUAUGGCGAGUGUUUGGUUGUUCACUCAGCUGAUAGUCCUGAGAUCUGCACUGGCUCAAAUCAUCGGCCAGGCACCGUAAGUCGCACUCACAUGGAUGCAUACGGCUAGACAAAUAGACGGCGAUGCCAAACACUAAUUCACGAUGUUCUGGCUGGUGCCGUCUGUAUACUAACUUAACCAAAAAUUAAACAAAGAGUAAAUUGGUUGCUGCGGUGUGAACGUCAAUAGUAACUGCUACUUCUAAACUUACAUCAUGAUGCACGAACCUAGGAUGGCGUAGUACGGAGCCGCUAGAGUAGAAAAAAGAAACCGCUGUCGGAAUUACAGGAACAAGUGUGACUGAUAGUUCCCGAUGCUAUAGCCGAACAUAAGCAUCGGCGAAUAUUUGAGUGUAUGCCGCGUCACUAUGUGUUGCUGCAAAAAUUACUUAGUCAAUGUAAACUGAAGAGUGCCUGCUUGAUAGUGCGUUGCUAAUCAGUCUAAGUUGCCGUCUGACGCAGCACCCAACGGUCGAAAUUACCGGACGUAAACAUAUAACUAAUCCAAAUUAGCGUGAACCAGAAAAGAGAACAGCUAGAAGAAUGGAGCUCGACGACCCACAACUUUUAAGUGCUGGAACAUCCUAAGCGCUAUGGCAUCAUCAGCUGAUUCAGUUCGUGACGACAUUUCUAAAGGUGACAGAAGCAGUAAAAUCUUCGAAAGGUCCCAAGUUGACGAUCGAACUUUGAGAAGAAGCAGCACAACAGCUGAGAGAUUACCAACGUCUUCGUUCAACUUUUUACCUAACUUCUUUUGGCAGAAUAUCUCAUCGUUUUUGCUGGGCGGCAAAAAAAUGGGCUCAAAGACGCCGGACGGCACUCUGGAGUCCGAAUUCUCGCUACCGUUGUUUCCAUAUCAGUCUCUACCAAAUAAAAAGCGUCCAAGAGCCGGCGAAUUAAUAGAGCUAGCUUCGUUUGGCUUCGUCGAAAUUGAGAACAUCGAACGCCAAGGAGCGGGUCAUGAAUUUCAGCCGACGAAUCUCGACCAUCCGGCGUGGUGCGAUCGUUGCGGUGAUCUCAUUUGGUGCGUUGGCCCACUCGGUCAAUUAGUCCAGUGCACGCAGUGCAAAUUUACGUGCCACGCAAACUGCCUGCAAUUUAUUACUGUUGAUUGUCAACCCCAGCCGCCGGUAGCACCGUUAAUCGAACAUGUGGAUCGAGCACCAUCACCGAAUCUCAGUAUCUCCAACCUCAGCAGGGAGGAGCUCAUGCACCUUAUCAACAAACACAAUAGGCGUUUUCCCGAUUUGGAGAUGAGCCUUUCUGCUGAGGAUAGCAGUCCACUUGUGGUGACUGGAUUCAUUCGCGUCUGUAUGAAUCUUAUGAGGCCCAUUAACGUCAUAUCGGGAACACGACCGCCUUCGAUCUAUGACAUUCUUAAACAGGACGAUACGUUGACGGAAGGCCGCACGCUUACAUCUUUCUAUCUGCCUAUGGACACCAUGAAAGCCCUUCAUGUUGACUCGGAGAUGACCGCGCAGAGGGUCAUCGUCACCCUGCUCAAAAAGUUCAAGGUGGCUGAUUCUCCCCUUAAAUACGCGUUGUAUGAGAGUUAUAUGGAGGGUGAAGGGAAACUGAAACUACGACGUCUUGACGACCUUGAAAAGCCGCUCAUGUUGACCUUAACGUGGAUGGAAAAAGGACUCACAAAUCGCCAAUUUCUUCUGCAAGAGAACGAUGGCGCUGAUAUCAAUUGGGAGAUGUUUGCAUUGCCCGAAUUAGAGAACUUCAUAAAAAUACUAGAGCUCGAAGAAGCUGAAUAUCUUCGACAAAUCCGAGUCAAGUAUGUUUCAACACAAGAAGUAAUACAAAAACUUCUGGAGCAAAAGAUGCCACGAAGUCCAACUCACGAUGAUGAUCGAUAUUAUUAGAUGCUUAAAGUACAUAGAACUCAGUCAAUGAAGUCUUAACAAAUAUAAUAAGAUCAUCGAGAAAAAAAUCUAAGCGCAUCAUGCGUUCGUUAUAUUAGUAAAAUAUUAUUAUUAAAACGCUAUGUGAAAGCAUAUACAUAGUUUUACAGACAUUUAAUUUUUCAUAAAGAUCGCUAAAACAAUAUGUAUGUAUGUAUGUAUGUAUGUAGUGUUUACCGCUUCACUGUCUUAGUUGUUGUUUAAUUCUAGCAGAAUUAUUGGUUGUAUUCAAGCAAUGCUUUUCUUCAUUCUAAAGAUAAGUGAACACACGACGUUCUGCCGAACGGUUUUGCAUUAUUAAGCUAUUCUGAAACCUCCGCGAAACGUUUUGUCAUGAGCCGGUUCUCAUCAGUGACUAAUUUGGCUUAAGGCUAAGACGAAUUAUCAAAUUUGACACGAUUCUACACCAUUAAAAGAUGGUUUUGUGAAGGACUUCCAACCGAUUUGUGCAGGACAUCAGGAUAAAUUUGUCCUUAAUGGGUUGCCCUUGUGCUAACUUGAUUGGGGCACCUCCCAUCUGCAGGCACCUAUUACCGAACAAAUUUGAUAAUCUAGUCUACGCAGGUACCUGCUACCGAACAAACCCAUUCCGUUUUGUACCGUAUCUCAUCCAUUUAUUAACAGUUACAUAUGCGAGUAUAUAGAAAUAUAUUUAUUAGAUUUUUAUAUUUAUUUACUAGUUUAGACAUGAAAGCGUGGUUAUAAAUGUGUACAUAGGUGUUCGAAACACAGCGAGACAACCUAAACGUAAACGUAAACUACAUUAAACUAAACGUGAAGUCAAUCAGGACUCAUUCUAACACUCUUUGAGACUAGUUACCCCUUGCAAAGAGGUAUCUAUUAAAGGAGUCGUGAUAGUCGAUUAAGGUGACGUUUGAUGUAUAUAAUGACUCGUCAUCAUGUGCGGAUAUGGUUUAGAAGGAGAUGUGUACGCGUUUUUUUCCUUAGAACCACGCCAUGUCUACAGCAGGCAACAUUCGCUCUUAGCGUAAAUAAACUUGCUAAAAAAUAUUUUUAUUAGAUGCUCAACAGAAGUAUUUUAACCCAGCAUUUUUUAGGAUAAGUGGCAGGCUGGCCGAGGGUUCGGGUAGAAAUGAUGUCAUCUUAGGUUCGCCAGUAUUUAUUUGGUUUCAAACCAGUAAAUUGUGCCGAAAGUUUUGGGUAUCCAAAUCCCAGGUAACAUGUAGUAUAUUGCUGAAUAUGCUUUGUGCAUAAUAACUAUUAGUCAAAGGUAUCCGUAUUGUUAUCUCAAAUGGACUCCACGACGAGGAAGUAUACGGGUCAACGGCAUGGCUAAAUAAGCCACUAAGGACUUUGUGCAAGGAAGUCAGUCACUUAAUAAAGCUAUAAAAAAAAUUAUUGAUUUUCAAAGAAU